AUGCUGUGUAUUCUCCCAGACGAGCUUCUGCUCAUCACAGGAGUCACCGGCCACGUUGGCUUCGCCGUUCUCACUCAUGCACUGAGAGCAGGCCACACCGUCCGCUGCGCCGUCCGCUCAGAGGCAAAGGCUGCCUUCAUCCGCUCCCGGCCACAGAUUCGCGCACUCAACCUCCCCCGCGCAAGACUCAAUUUCACCAUCGUGCCGGAUAUUACCACCGACGGUGCCUACGACGAUGCCAUCCGCGGCGUCUCCGCAGUUAUCCACGUUGCCUCACCACUUGCGACCGCCGACUCAGUACCCCGCGAUCUGCACCAGGAGUACUUCAUCCAGCCCGCCGUGCGCGGCACCCUCGGCAUGCUCGAGGCCGCUAAGCGCGCAGGAACCGUCCGCAGGGUCGUCAUCACCAGCUCAGUCGUCGCCCUCACAUCCGUAGAUCAUUUAGAGGGCCGCGAGCGCAAAGAGGCCGUCCAUCCCACGGAGCGGACGGGAUUCAAGCCCGAGCCGUACGAGAGCGAGUUUGCCGCCUAUGCCGCAUCCAAGGUGGCCGCCCUCAAGGGCGCCGAGGCAUGGAUCGCGAGAGAGCAGCCCCGCUUCGAGGUCGUGCACCUGCACCCGUCCUUCGUCAUCGGCCGCAAUGACAUUGCGACCACGGCGAGCGAGGCGAUGAAGGGCACCAACGCCGUCAUCCUCGCCACUCUCCGCGGCAAGAAGAUGGGCUGCAGCUACCCCGGCGCGACGGUCCACGUCGACGACGUCGCUCGCGCUCACGUCCAGGCUCUUUUGCCCUCCAUCCCGGGCAACAAGAGCUACAUCCUCAGCACAAAGUCGCGGUGGAACGACGCCAAGCUCAUUGCCAAGAGGAGCUUUCCCGAGGCCGUGGAGAGGAAGCUCAUUGUGAGCAGCGGCUCGGUGGGCACGGUCAACAUCGACUUUGACGCCUCGGCUUCAGAGAAGGUGUUUGGCUUCACGUUCCAGGGCUUCGAGGAGCAGGUCCGCAGCGUGGUUGGACACUUUGUUGAGCUGAGGCUCAGACGCCCUACGCUCGCGACCAAGGGUUCUUCCACCAUGGCGAUUAACCAGCACAUGAGGCAGGAGAUUAUGGCUGUUUAG